AGUGUUAGAAUUUCCAUAACUUGGACCAGUGUCAGAAGCUUACUGUAACUCUUGUCAUUUCAUGCAUUCUGAUCUUCUACUCAGGCCUGUGGUUUGGCCUUGUGAUCGGCACUCCCUCCCACUGCAAGUUCAGCUGUUGGUGGGCACUCCCUCGUACACUGCUUUUGAGAACUGAGCUGAAAGGGAUCCAAGAUUCAUACUGAGCUACAUAACAGGAAGAGAAGCUGCGAGUGUGAGAGGUAAGAAGGGAAAACAAGCAGCAAACACAGGGACACCUGCGAAAAGGUCUUCUGCAAACAUGUUUCCCUGCUGUGGUCUCAUAAUAGUUUGCUCAAAGAAGCCAGUCCCUCUCAAGGGGAUCUCGGUUGAUGUCCAAGUGAAAGGCUUUGUGGCCGAUGUUUCUGCAACUCUGAAAUAUAAGAACGUGGAGGAGAAUGCAGUGGAAGCUCUCUUCGUGUUCCCUAUGGAUGAUGACUCCGCUGUGUACAGUUUUGAGGCGACAGUGGAAGGAAAGAAGAUUAUAGCAGAUAUUCAGGAGAGAGAGCAGGCUCGCAAAACCUAUGAUGAAGCUAUUAGCAAGGGGCAACAGGGGUUCUUAUUGGAGGAGGACAAGAGCUCUGGUGACAUCUUCAGCUGCACUGUGGGGAAUCUACUCCCUGGUCAGGAGGCCGAGGUGACACUAUGCUUUGUUCGGGAGCUGCCAGUGGAGGCGGAUGGAGCAGUGCGCUUUGUAUUGCCAGCAGUACUCAACCCCCGAUACACUCCAAAAGAUGAAGAGCCGAGUAUUACCGCCACACGCCCCCAGGUUCCCAUUGGUCAGAUUCCGUACACUCUGUCAUUGAAUGCUCACUUCCAAUCUGCGUACGGCAUUUCCAAAAUCGAGUCUAACUGCAACAUCACCCCUUUGGAGUACACGGAUACUGACAAGACAGCAGCCAAAGUGUCUCUGGCUCAGGGGCAUAAGUUUGAACGAGAUGUUGAGCUUCUUGUUUAUUAUAAUGAGGUGAACAAGCCUAGUGCUACUGUGGAAUCAGCGCUUCCAGACGCCAAAGCAGGGUCUGUGAUGGCAGAGCAAGUGGUGAUGUUGAAUUUCUACCCUAGCUUCCCAGCAAUGCAAGAGCAGUCUAAUUGUGGGGAGUUCAUCUUUCUCAUGGAUCGCUCUGGAAGCAUGGAAUGUGCAAUGAAUUCAAAACCAAAUUCGCCUCAACGCAUUCAGAGCGCAAAGGAGACACUGGUCCUUCUAUUAAAGAGUUUACCACUUGGUUGUUACUUCAAUAUAUAUGGUUUUGGGUCCCAUUUCGAGUCCUUUUUUCCGGAAACCAUGGAGUACACACAGAAGUCAAUGGAGGAGGCGGUGAAGAAAGUUACAGAGAUGGAAGCAGACUUUGGAGGAACAGAAAUCUUGCAACCCUUAAAAAAAAUCUAUAAAACUGGUGUCAGGUCAGAGCACCCAAGACAGCUCUUUGUUUUCACAGAUGGAGAAGUUGGGAAUACCAAGCAAGUGAUAGCAGAAGUUCAAAAGAACUCCCAACAUCACCGGUGA